AUGGGUAUUAAACAGCUUUUUACGAUUAUUAAGGAGAAUGCUCCGGCCGCGAUCAAAACCGGAGAAAUCAAAAACCAAUUUGGUCGCAAAGUCGCAAUUGUAUCUCCAUGAGCAUUUACUCCUUUCUCAUCGCAGUCCGUUCGAAUGGCGAAAUGCUCACAAACGAAGACGGGCAAACAACAUCCCACCUGAUGGGAAUGUUUUACCGGACAUUACGAAUGGUCGACAAUGGCAUCAAGCCUUUGUAUGUGUUCGAUGGCGCCCCGCCAAAGCUUAAGUCUGGUGAGCUCGCUCGUCGAUACCAGAGAAAACAAGAGGCGCUCGAAGGUCUCGAGGAGGCUAGGGAGACCGGAACAGCCGAGGAUGUAGAAAAGUUCUCACGGAGGACGGUUCGGGUGACGAGGGAGCACAACGAGGAAUGCCGGCAGUUGCUUAAACUUAUGGGCAUCCCCUAUAUAAUCGCACCCACUGAGGCUGAGGCUCAAUGUGCCGUUCUCGCACGAGCUGGCAAGGUUUUUGCCGCAGCCAGUGAAGAUAUGGAUACCCUAUGUUUCGACUCCCCAAUUCUCCUUCGUCAUCUCACCUUCUCUGAGGCGCGCAAGGAACCGAUUCAGGAGAUUCAUGUCGAUAAAGUUCUAGAGGGUCUCGAUAUGGACCGUAAGCAGUUUGUUGAUCUCUGCAUCCUCCUUGGCUGCGAUUACCUCGACCCCAUCCCCAAAGUUGGACCUAGCACUGCACUCAAGCUCAUUCGUGAGCAUGGAUCACUUGAGACGAUUGUGGAGAAGAUGAAGAAGGGCGAGUUGAAAUACACAGUGCCGGAGGACUGGCCAUUUGAGGAUGCACGGGACUUGUUCUUCAACCCUGACGUGCACCCUGCCGACCACCCAGAUUGCAAUUUCAAGUGGGAGAAGCCAGACGUUGAGGGCUUGGUCAAGUAUCUGGUCACAGAGAAGGGAUUCUCCGAGGAUCGCGUCAGACCCGGUGCAUUGAGACUGGAGAAGGCCCUCGGCACCUCCCAACAACAACGCCUCGAGGGCUUCUUCAAGCCGGUGGCACGAACUGCAGAGGAGCAGAAGGCACACAAGCGCAAGCUCGAGGUGAAGGCCGAGGAGGCAAAGAAGAAACUCAAGGCCGAAAAGAAGGAGAAGGCAAAGGCCAAAGCCAGACCUCGUGGUACAGCUUGA